UUCGUGCUCCCCCUCACUCUCACACACGUCAACGACUACCAGUCCACGCUGGCACGAUCCAUAUAAACACCCGCGCCUUCCCGGCUUCUCGCCACUCCCGCCGACGCCAGCCUCCAACCAUGGAGUCCGCCGCCGCCUCCACGCGCGCCGCCACCGUCGACCUCCGCUCGCUGCUCUCCGUCGCCGCCGGCGGCCUCUGCGCGCUCCUCCUCCUCCUCUUUGCCACCUCCCCGUUCCCGCUCCCCUCCUCCUCCUCCUUCCUCCCCUUCUCCCCUUCCCCGGCUUCGGUUUCCUCCUCCUCGCCGCGCCCCCUGCCCCCGCUCUUCGUCGAGUCCGCGCUCUCCCGCCCCGCGCCUGCUCCCGCCCGCCUCCCGCGCUUCGCCUACCUCAUCUCCGGCUCCGCGGGGGAAGCCGCCAUGCUGCGCCGCUGCCUCCUCGCGCUAUACCACCCCAGGAACAGCUACAUCCUCCACCUCGACGCGCAGGCACCCGACUCCGACCGCGCGGAGCUCGCCGCCUUCGUCGCGGCGCACCCGGUCCUCGCCGCCGCGCGCAACGUCAGGGUGAUCGAGAAGGCCAAUCUCGUCACCUACAGGGGACCAACCAUGGUGACCACUACGCUGCACGCAGCGGCCGCGUUCCUGUGGGGCGAGGGACGCGGGCGCGGCGCCGACUGGGACUGGUUCAUCAACCUCUCCGCCUCCGACUACCCGCUCGUCACGCAGGAUGAUUUGAUGCAUGUGUUCUCGAAGCUGCCGCGCGACCUCAACUUUAUAGAUCACACAAGCAACAUGAGCUGGAAAGCGUUUGCAAGGGCGAUGCCAUUGAUCAUAGACCCGGGGCUCUACAUGAAGACGAAGGGCGAUUUGUUCUGGGUACCUGAGAAGCGGAGCUUGCCGACAGCCUUCAAGCUCUUCACUGGCUCUGCGUGGAUGAUGUUGUCCAGGUCAUUCGUCGAGUACCUGAUCUGGGGCUGGGACAACCUCCCCCGCACCGUCCUCAUGUACUACGCCAACUUCAUCUCGUCGCCGGAGGGCUACUUCCACACGGUAGCCUGCAACGCCGACGAGUUCAGGAACACCACCGUGAACAGCGACCUGCACUUCAUCUUCUGGGACAACCCUCCCAUGCAGCACCCGCACUACCUCACCCUCGACGACUGGGACCGGAUGGUCGGUAGCGAGGCCCCCUUCGCGCGCAAGUUCCUCAGGGACGACCCGGUGCUGGACAAGAUCGAUGCGGACAUCCUGGCGCGAGGCCCCGACAUGGUCGCCCCCGGAGGCUGGUGCUCGAGCGAGAAGCGGGACAAUGGGAGUGAUCCAUGCUCGGCUGUUGGGAACGCGGCGUUCCUGCGGCCUGGUCCAGGGGCGGCGCGGCUGCAGAGGCUCAUCACGUCGCUGCUGUCGGAGGAGAACUUCCGGCCGAGACAGUGCAAAGUAGAAGAGCAGAACUGAAAGGAGCUGGGCCUGGGCUACGUGCAGCAUUGUUUGUGCAGGCAUGAGCUACUACCGUUGGUACUCCAUUCUGGCAGGCAUUUCAGCAUUGUACCUGACGCAAUGUGGAUGUGAAUGCCGCUUUGUUGUUGUACAGUAUAUCAGAACCUCAUGUAUAGCGCAGAGUUGCUUGUUGGGGGCUUGGGGCGGUUCACCUGUUGUACUGGAGUUGUGAUCUCACGGCAACGGCAUGUGGGUGAUACCUGAAGAUGCAUGGUACAUGAUGCUAGGCGCUGGGGUACUCUGGGAUACAUCAUAUACAUGUAAAAGUAUGUAAAGGGGACGAAAAACGUGCCCCCCAUAUCUAUACAUAUAUACUACGUUUUUGCUCCUUUGAUCUUUCAGAAAAAUAUAUACU